AUGUGGCCCGCGGCCGUGUGCUGCGAUGCCCGUGGUAUUCUUGAACAGGCGACCGAGGCCUUGCGGAAGCACUUCGGCUUCGGAUCUCUUAGGGAUUUCCAGAGCAAAGCCAUUGCAGCGUGGGCGGAAGGGAAGGAUGUGUUAAUCACCCUGGGCACCGGCACCGGGAAGUCCUUGUGCUUCCAGCUGCCACCGCUAGCACGAUCUGGGCGCUGCAGCUUGGUGAUUUCACCAUUGAUCUCCCUGAUGCAGGACCAGUUGCGCACCCUUCAGCAGCGUCAGAUCCCUGCGAGCUGCUGUGGUGCAGCGGGCGGUUCCACGCUGGAGGAGGCCUUGGAGGCAGCGCGAGGAGGUGUAGUGUACAUGAGUCCCGAGUAUGCGUUGACUCGUUUGUCCCAGCUGAAGAAAAUGAAAGACUCGGUCUGUUUGUUGGCGAUCGACGAGGCGCACUGUAUCUCUGCAUGGGGCCACGACUUUCGCAAGAGCUAUCAACGGCUGGGCCAAGUCCGCGACGCAUUGGGAAAGCCGCCCACCAUGGCGUUGACGGCCACCUGUACCAACGAGGUGCAGAAAGACAUCCGGAGCUGCUUGGGGCUGACACCGGAAAAUACGGUGUUGGUGCAGGGUUCGAUCAAUCGACCCAACUUGAAGUUUGUGGUACGCCCACGCAGCACGUUGGAGGAGGACUUCGCCGAGAUCUUCCACUUGAACCAGGCGAUCAGCGAUCGGACUGUGGAUAAUACCUCGGUGAACGCCAUGUCCUCGACGAUCGUUUAUGUGCUGACCAGGGCGCGAAGUGAAGAAGUCGCCAAUUGGUUUCAAAUGAAGGGCGUGAAGGCUGCCGCCUACCAUGCAGGGCUCUCCGUGACCGCGCGCAAUGAGUUGCAUCGGCUCUUCAUGUGCCGUGGCAGGCUGAAGCACUCGCCGACUGAUGAUGAUGAGCCUAUGGAUACGGAGAGCGAUGGGCAGGAGAUCGAUGACGACAGCAUGCCUGAGACACCGCCUAGCGGACAUGGUCUCUGGCUACCGGGCGGACUGCGGGCGGAGAGCGAUGGGCAGGAGAUCGAUGACGACAGCAUGCCUGAGACACCGCCUAGCGUACAUGGUCUCUGGCUACCGGGCGGACUGCCGGCAGCCAUCACACCACCGGAGGCGUCGUGCUUCCUUGGUUGUUCUGCUUGUAGCUUUCUACCUCUAGCUUUAGUGCGUACCCAGCCAGUGUCGCUUUGUGGCAACAUGGUCUCUGUAGAUGCGUCCAAUAUCACUUUGGAGGAUGCGAUUCAGGCAACUGAAUUCAUGUCCAUGCGAGAUCUACCAGAGCAUGUCUAUGUCGGUCAAAUGCCGCUAGGUUCCGUUCUGCUGACAGACUUGCCUCGAAAGGACUUGGACCCAGCGUCCAACAACCUCAAGCAUGUCCUGGAUGUGGUGCUCGAUAUACCUGCAGCAGCCGUGGAUUUGAGCACCAUCAAGGCUAUCUUUCGGGAGAAGGCGUGGAAAGAGCUUCCAGAUUUCAUGCAAAUGAAGGAGCGACCGGUGUUCGAAUGUGUCUGUCAAUACUUCUUCUUGCCCCAGUCUGAUGAUCAGACUUGCAUGCUGAAGCACAUCUACAUCUGUUCGGACAAGGUCAAAGGCUCACAAGCUGCCCGACUUCUACAAGGCAGAGGUUAUGAGAUCAUGUGGGGAAACCACAACAAGAAGAAUGCUCGCAAAGGCUUCCAAUGGCUGCUGGAACAAUUGGGUGGCUCGCAGUUUCGUCCGUAUUCCUUAGGUACUGAUCGCAAAUCUUCGAAAACCAAAGGUCCGGAACCUGAAGAUGCAGGAUGGAACUAUAUCAUGGAGGAAGGUGAAAUGGACAAGGGCGGUUUGAAGCAAUUGAGGUGGAUCCAUCAGGAAAUCAACCGCAUUGACUCCCCAAUUCAUGGUUGGUCAGAGAAGUUAGUACAACGUGCUCUGGACAGUCUUGCCAAUGAUGGCUGUGUAGCCAAGUUGUGCGAGAGAUAUGACCUCACCAUGCGUGAUGUGGAGCCUGACCUUCUCCCAGUCUUGGAAGUCGUCGUGCCUCAACUUCGCAACCAUUCCUUGUGGCUUCUCGGUGAACCAGGAAAGGGCAAAACACCUUUGGGCCGCAUCAUCGCAAUGAUGUUUUCGAGGUAUCAUGGAGGUGAUGGACGCUUUCGGUCUACUUGCGACCUCGACUUCUUCCGUGGUGUGCAAUUCAACAAGGCCACUCCGGCCAUGUAUGAUGAUGGGGACAUUGGCAACGAAGCCGUGAAGAAGAAGAAGGCUUUCGCGGAUGUGGCAGAUGAUGAAACUAUGACUCGAGAGAGGUGGACCAAUGCUAAGUUUGUUCGCAAUCAGCUGCGCAUUGUCUUGGACAACGCUUACAACCCAGAAGCGGAGCCACAGCCGGAGUCAGACUUUCUUGAUCAGGAGAAAACAAUCCCACAUGAGGCAUUCUAUAGCAUGAUUCGUCCAGCCCUUGGAAACAUUGCUGUGACUGAUGCAAUGGCCAUCUUGAAGCGCAGUGUCUUCAUCAUCUUUUCCAAGAAGUUUGUGUACUACCGCCUGCCGUCUCAACAGCCUGCACCUGUCGAACGGCUGCCUUGGAAGAAGUUGGACAUCUUGCAGGAUUCCUCCAAGCCAAUCUUGAAGAACUUUCUCGAAGGUGGACCUCGUCCAGACACAUACGACAUGCACACGGUUUGGGAACAGGAGUGGUUGAAAGAAGCCAUCCGCAAGGCUGAAGACAAGCACUUGAAGGAAGCUAUGACACAGGCUCGAGCGGCUCAGGAGGCAGCAAUGCAAUGUAUGCCACCCGUGAAAAUGGAGAAGCAUGAGUUUCGAGAUGGACAUGCUUGGCUGGCACGGGAGUGCCGCACAUCACCGAUCAAUGUCGACACAGACGUGGCGAGCCAUGACUGGACCAACUGGUCUGUCAAGAAAGAACCUUUGUGGAAAUUUGGUCAUCUGCCAGCACUCCCCAAGAGAGUCAUCGAGUUGGACUCACCAUCACCUCUGAAGCGUCGAGCAACAUCAUCUUUGUCUUCGUCUGUGGCUGCUCCCUUUGUGCCAAAUCCUGAUCAUGCUGAGCUAGGCCUACCUGCUGGUGAGGAGGACGAAGCAAAUCUUGAAGAGGCUUUGGAGCAGCUCAUGGAUGACAUGGUUAUGCUACCAGUUGGUAAGGCUCCUGAGGAUAUGUGA